AUGGACGCCCCGGAGCAGAAGCGCAGCGUCUAUGACGACUACGAGGCCGACGAUGGCUCACCGCGUCCCGCCAAGGUGCCGCGCACUUCCGGCUUCUUCGGCACCGCUCUGAGAGCCGCACCUGUUGUGUUGCGCAUGCAUUACCCCCCCAAUGAACUCACACCACAUAACACACCCCAUCUCGAUCCGUGCGCGAUUUCUUCAUUACAUCACCAUAUCCAUCAGAAACCGCCCUUUGCUGACGUGCACACGAAAAUGAAAGGCGUGGGCCAUCUCCUGUCCACCCCGCAGAGGGCCCUCAACGACAUUGCGGCGCGCGCAUCCAGCAUGUCACCAUCGCGGCAGGUCGCCUCUAAGCAAGAAGACGGCGCGACGGCGGCCCAGGACGCGGCGCAGCAGCCCGAGCCUUCGCCCGUCAAGAAGCUCUUCGCGGCCGCCGUCCCUUCCUUCUCGCCCGCGGCCGCCGGUGCCGCGUCCUCGUCGGCCGCUGCUAAGCCCAGCCCCAGGGCGCGCACGCCCAAGCAGGUCGCCAUCGCCAGCCCCGUCAGCCAGCAGCCGCCCAAGAGCAGCGCGCGCAAGGGCGGCAAGACGCCCACCGCUCAGGCCAAGACUUCGCCCGCCAAGUCCGCCGGCGGCGGCACGCACCCCAUCGCCUACAUGUCCGAGGUCGAGGACGGCGCGUCGUCGUCGUCGGUCUCGCCGGGCAAGCAGCCGCCUGCCCGCAAGAGCCUGUCCGCCGAGCAGGUCUUUUCCAUUGCGCGCAUUCAGAAUCACCGCACCGAGGCCGGCCUCGAGCCCGAAGUCCACGUCAUCUGGGAGGGGCCCGACGCCGGCAGCCCCAGCUGGGAGCCCGAGGCUGUCAUCCAGCAGGACGCGCCCGACGCGCUCCUGGAGUACUGGGCGAGCAUGGAAGGUGGCCGCGGCGCGUAUCCCCCCUACGCCGGUCCGGACCCCACCGAUGUCGUCUUUGCCAUCAUCGGCCACGAGUGGGUGAAGCGCCAGGGCACCAAGCGCAAGCGCGGCGUCGCGACGGCCAAGGGCAGAGGCAAGCGAGCGGCCAAGGAGCUGUGCCUGCGGGUGCAGUGGCUCGGUUUCCCCGAGUCCGAGGCGACGCUCGAGGCCGAGGAGCGGUUCCGCAAGGACCAGCCCAAGCUCGUGCAGCUCUACUGGAGCAAGGUUGGCGGUCGUCCGCUGCAGCCCGACGCGUGA